UGACUCACCGUGGCAGUCAGUGCCAAAGAGUUGCAGUUGGUUUCACAACGUUCGCGUUGGAGUGUUGCUUUUAGUUAAUUUUAUAAACACGCAGUUUGUUUUUGUGGACAAAUAUAAUCCAUUGAAGCAUAAUGUCUCACACGGUGACGAUCACCCGGGCAACCACGGUGAGCACCGGUCAUGCAAUCAUCGUUAACAACGGCUACCUGGGAACAUUGCCCGGACUGCUUAAACUAGCACAACUGUUGCUGGGAGCGGCGUGCGUCGGCGUGGUGGGGUAUUACCUGGAGCCAGGUUUUUACCGGUACAACAACCAGAAGCCUGAGCUCUUCUAUCUGCUAGUAGCGGUCGCUUGUCUGGUCGGCACCUUCUGCUUGCUAACCGCCUGCCUCGUGUCCUUCACCACUGCUUCUAUGAUAUCGAAAACUAUUUACGAGGUGAUAUAUCACGGAGUCGCGUUUAUACUGUACUUAGCAGCGGGUUUAACACUCAUAAUUGAAGUUAAUCAUCAGAAAAAUAACUAUCGGAAUGAUUAUGACCCUUAUUUAGCUGCAGCGGUGAUGGGUCUUGUCAUGGCCGGUCUCUAUCUGCUCAGUACAUUCCUAGCGAAUCGUACCUACCGAGGUAUAUAAGAUGUAAUCGAUGUAAUGCAACUACAAUUUUGAGUCAUAUGUAUUCAAUACACCUUACGAUUUCGUUUGU